AUGGCCCUCCCGAUCAGCAGCCCAUCUCCAAAAGUGGAUCGAUUCCAACAAGCAAUGGAAUCGGUCUAUGGCAGUUUUAGCGACAUAUCAGAGCCCGAGAAAUGGACUCCGCCCCCAGAAUCGGGUGGCCAUCGUGGACGAUAUUUAUGGACGGACGCUUUUGGGGUGAUCAACCUCCUAACCAUGCAUAAAGAAUAUCGUCGAGCCGGCGACAAACCGUCUCAGGAUGAUCGCUAUUUGAUUUUGGCACGACGACUGAUCCAAACGGUGCACGAUAUCCUGGGUCGCACACGAGAUGGGCGGUCGCGAUUACCAGGAGCCACAGAUCAGAACCCUCUUGGAGGUGGAUUGCGCAUUGGGAAGACUGACGAAUAUGGGCCCGACUGCGAUGGGCAGUACCACCAUUAUCUCACUGUGUGGAUGUUUGCGCUCAACCGGAUGGCAAUGGCAUCGGGCGACAUGAACUACAACCGACAGGCCGUGCAACUAGCUCGCGCUAUUCAUCCAAAGUUCUUCGUUGAUCGAAAGGCUGCACGUCCGCGCAUGAUUUGGAAGAUGUCGAUGGAUUUGUCAAAGCCGCUUGUCAACUCGGAAGGCAACCUCGAUCCGAUAGAUGGAUUCGUCACAUUUCGCCUGCUUCAAGCGACGGCCGCUGCUGCAGGUGACGGUGAUGACCUCUUGGAAGAAGAGAUCUCUGACUAUAGACGAGUCAUGGACCGUAAGGGACAACAUUUUGUGUCCAAGGAUCCACUUGACUUGGGCAUGACUCUGUGGACGGCGCACUGGUUCUCUGAGACGGAAGGCUGGGCAUCAAGUCUUGUCAACCGGUGUUUCGAACAGCUAUAUGAUCUGUUCGAGAUAAACAGGCAUCUUGAACGUAGCAUCAAAUUUCGCUUAGCUUUUCGGGAGUUUGGAACUUGUCUGGGCCUUCAAUGUGAAUCAGAGCAGACUGGAGAAAAGGAAAGAGCCGUUGAUUUCAAGAGCUGGUCAGAUGCGAUCAUCGUCGCAUGGGAUCCGUAUAUGGAACUCUCCGCCUCGGCAAGUCUGACUCCUGCGGACCUGCGGCCUAUCACUCGAGUGAUGUAUGCUUCGGCUUUGAUUCCUGGUGCCUUCUGUUCAGGGUACCUGGGCCCCGAGCCAAAGGAUGUCGUCUAG